AUGAAGACGAUACACGCUGUGGCCGCCGUGACUUUGGCUGCGGCCUCGGCCGUUCAAGCCAUGAUCACUUGCGACGCAAACAACCCUUGCCCUUCCAGCUCACCGUGCUGUUCGUCCUAUGGAUUCUGCGGUGUUGGCGCAUACUGUCUGGGAGGAUGUUACCCCAAGGACUCGUUCAGCAUGGACUCUUGCAUGCCUGCACCUGUCUGCAAGUCUUCCGACUACGACUUCUCCAACAUGAAUGGCUUUAUUGAAAACACGGAAUAUCUUGGAGACCCAUCCUCCGGCAACUGGGUCUUCUCUGGAAACCCGCUGAUGUACAACAACGAGGCUGUGCUGCUCACCAUGACUGAGGAUUCAUCAGGCACUCUUGUUAGUAGCACACGUUAUGUCUGGUACGGCAAGAUCAGCGCUACCGUGAAGACCAGUCGAGGCCCUGGUGUCGUUACUGCUUUCAUCAUGAUGAGUGAUGUCAAGGACGAAAUCGACUUCGAAUUCAUUGGUAGCGAUAUUGAGAAUGCUCAAAGCAACUACUACUUCCAAGGAAUUACUGAUUACGGCAAUGAGAAGAACCUCUCUGCACCUAACACUGACUCGGAAUGGCACACUUAUACCAUCGACUGGACACCUGAUUCUCUCAGCUGGGAGGUUGAUGGCCAAGUUCUUCGUACUCUUGACCGCAACACAACCUACAACGAGACCGCUGGCCAAUAUCACUACCCUCAGACCCCUGCGAGAGUCCAAUUCAGUUUGUGGCCUGCCGGCAAGGCUGGCAAUGCUCAAGGUACCAUUGACUGGGCUGGUGGUGAGAUUGACUGGAACAGUCCGUACAUGCAGAAUGGCUACUACUACGCCAUGGUCAAGGAUGUCUCUGUUGACUGCUACAACCCCCCAGCCGGCUACAACAACCAAGGCAACAAGGCUUACUGGUACGAGAACAAGUACGGAACCAACGACACUGUUGUCAUCGGUAACAACAACACCAUCUUGUCCUCUUUCCUUGCCACUGGUGAGAACCCCAGCAAGGGUGCCAGCUCUGCCUCAACUGCAACUGCUACCAAGAGUGGCAGCAAGUCUUCUGCUUCGUCUUCUGCGACUAGUCAACCCGAGACCAUUCCUGGUAUUUCUGGUGGCGGUUCGCGCGAGUCUGGCAGUGGUGAUGACUCUUCGUCCUCUGGCAGCAGCGGAUCCUCGGGCUCGUCUGGCUCAUCGAGCUCUUCGAACUCGGGCUCUUCCUCUGGAUCAGGAUCCAGCUCGUUCUCACAAGGUCUCGAGGAAGGUAGCGGCACCAAUGACGGCAACAGAGUUGUUGCAGGCAGCCUUGUUGCGCUUGUUGCAUUCUUUGCUGCCGCUAUGAUGCUGUAA